AUGAAGUCCAUUACCCUGCUCACAGCCUCCGCGCUGUUGGGCGCUGCCUCUGCUGAGGUCCACAAGCUCAAGCUCAACAAGAUUCCGCUGGAAGAGCAGCUGACCGCUGCCAACAUCGACCGACAUGUUCAGUCGCUCGGCCAGAAGUACAUGGGUUACCGCCCUUCUUCUAGCUACCAGGACACCUCCGUCAAGCCCGAAGGUGGUCACAACGUGCUGGUCGACAACUUCCUGAAUGCCCAGUACUUCUCCGAGAUCACACUGGGUACUCCUCCCCAGACCUUCAAGGUCGUCCUCGACACUGGUAGCUCCAACCUCUGGGUUCCCUCGUCGGGCUGCAACUCGAUCGCCUGCUUCCUCCACAGCAAGUAUGACUCGUCUUCCUCGAGCUCGUACAAGAAGAACGGUACCGAGUUCGCCAUUCAGUACGGAUCUGGUAGCCUGAGCGGCUUCGUGUCUCAGGAUACCCUGAAGAUCGGCGACCUGGAGAUUAAGCACCAGGACUUUGCCGAGGCGACCGAGGAGCCUGGUCUGGCUUUCGCCUUUGGCCGUUUCGACGGUAUCCUGGGUCUGGGCUUUGACACCAUCUCUGUCAACAAGAUGGUCCCUCCCUUCUACAACGCUCUGGACCAGGGACUCCUGGACGAGCCCGUCUUCGCCUUCUACCUUGGUGAUGCCAACAAGGAAGGUGACGACUCCGAGGUCACUUUCGGUGGUGUUGACAAGAGCCACUAUACCGGCGAGAUGAUCAACAUUCCUCUCCGCCGCAAGGCCUACUGGGAGGUGGAAUUUGAUGCCAUCACCCUUGGCGACGCCACUGCCGAGCUGGAGAACACCGGUGUCAUCCUCGACACCGGCACCUCGCUCAUUGCUCUGCCCUCCACCAUGGCCGAGCUCCUGAACAAGGAGAUCGGUGCCAAGAAGGGCUUCACUGGCCAGUACAGCGUGGACUGUGACAAGCGUAGCAGCCUGCCCGACAUCACCUUCACUCUGGCCGGCCACAACUUCACCAUCAGCCCCUUCGACUACACUCUCGAGGUCCAGGGCUCCUGCAUCAGCAGCUUCAUGGGCAUGGACUUCCCCGAGCCCGUUGGUCCCCUGGCCAUUCUGGGUGAUGCGUUCCUGCGCAAGUGGUACAGCGUGUACGACCACGGCAAGGGCUCCGUUGGUCUGGCCAAGGCCAAGUCCACCUAA